AUGAACUUCGACAAUACUAGAGCAUAUAGUGGCGGAUUAGCAACCAAACCGAGCCGAUUUGGUAUCGGAAGCAUCCGUACCUUCUCCUACGUCUACCCCUCCGGGCCAAAAAAGGGCGAAGAGUAUUCUUUCUCAGAGGAGCUUACCAAAUGCGAUGCUCCAAACUACUCCAUGACCUUCCGAGUCCGUAGGCCAGACUAUCCCGACAUGGUCGCCUUUGGUACGACCGCGCUGACCUCGCUUGGACCCAACAAGACCCGGUUCGACUGGACUGCUGAGGGCUCACCCUUGUCUGAGGAUUUGCACGCCGUUCUGAAAGCGGAUCUGCAGGAGCGCUUUGAUGGUCUUAUUGUGGCAAUGGCCAACCAGCUCGUCUGGAAACGAUGUUCGACGCUUUUCGAGCCGUUCAAUACGUUCGAAGGAUCGCUGUCAUGA